UAUCUUGUUGCCAUGUCGAUCAACGCGAGCGGCUAUCCCGGCAUGACGCCGCCGCUGCUCAUCGCGGAUCCAUCGCCACGCGAUGUCGAGCUCAGUCGACAGCUCGAGCAGACGUUGCGCGACCACGAUCUGUUUGAAACCGAGGAGGAAGCUCAAACGCGCCACAUGGUCCUUGCUCGUCUGGACAGCAUCGUCAAGCAGUGGGUCAUCCAAGUCCUCACAGCCAAGAACGAGAUGCCGCCCGACACGGAACCUGGCGGCAAGGUGUUCACGUUCGGAUCGUAUCGACUGGGCGUCCACGGACGAGGUGCCGAUAUUGAUACGCUGUGUAUUGCACCGCGAGGUGUCACCCGCGAUGACUUUUUCCAGUCGCUCGUCGAGCUGCUCCGGGAGCAGUCUGAAACCUCAGAACUGACGCCAGUCACUGGUGCCUUUACACCAAUCAUUACGCUCAAGUUCUCUGGCGUUGACAUUGAUUUGCUGUUUGCCGAGUUGCCGGGCGUGCUGUCCGUGUCGGAAAACCUGAAUGUUAUGGACAAUGCCAUUCUCCGCAACUGUGAUAUGGCCACCGUGCGAAGUGUGAAUGGCUCUCGCGUUGCAAACUAUAUUCUCCAGCUCGUUCCCGACCGUGACAACUUCCGAAUGGCACUCCGAGCAAUCAAGCUGUGGGCCAACAACCGAGGUGUGUACUCUAACAAACUGGGCUUCCUUGGUGGCAUCGCAUGGGCCAUUCUCGUCGCGCGAACUUGCCAGUUGUACCCGAAAUCCUCGGCCUCAACCAUCGUGGCUCGAUUCUUCCGAGUCUUUCACAACUGGUCGUGGCCAACCCCCGUUUGGCUGAAAGCGAUGGAGGAAGACCGGAGCUUAGCCCUGCCCAACUGGAACCCUGUUAUCAACGCGAGCGAUGCCCGUCAUCUUAUGCCCAUCAUCACGCCAGCCUAUCCGUCAAUGAAUUCGACGCACAACGUGUCCAUGUCUACCCUUCGUGUGAUGACGGAGGAGUUUGCACGAGGAAUGCAAGUCACUCUUGAUAUUGAAGUUGGCAAAGUAGGCUGGCCAGUCCUCUUUGAGAAGAACAACUUUUUCACGCGGUACAAGACUUACAUUCAAAUCUCUGCACGCACGGAAGAGAAUCAAGACGAGCACCGCCAGUGGGAGGGUUUCGUCGAGUCCAAGUUGCGCAUGUUCUUGCAAUGGCUCGAAUCAGCCCCAGGAGUGGAUUACGUGCAUCCCUACCCGAAGACCUUUUCGCAAACAGACACCACCGAGAGCGGACAGCCUGUUUAUCUCACCAUCUUUUACUUUGGCAUGAUGUUCAAGAAGCAAGAGGGCACCGACCCUCGCGUCAUUGAGCUGGGCAACAUUGUGCGCGACUUCCGUGAAGCCAUCAAGAACCAGAACGCCAGCUUUGUUAACAACCCACGCGUCGAUUUGGUGGUUCUUCCCAUGAAACGCCCCCAACUCCCCGAAAACGUGUUUGAAGGAGGAGUCCGUCCUGCACCGACCAAGCGACCCAAGAAGGACAAGAAUGCACCUGCGACUUCAGCACCUGCCGGCACCGUCGCAGCAGCACCUUCCACAUCAGCCGCACAGUCCAUCGCACCUUCCACAGCACCGUCCGCCAGCGCACCGGCUGUUGCGCCAGCCAAGCGCAAAAUUGAAGAGAUUGACGCUGAAGAUGCUGCGUUGCACGAGUCGUUGUACGGCGCCCCAGUACCUGCCCAUUCGAAUGGAAAUGGCUUUGAUGCGCACGUUCCGCCAGCCGAAUCGCAAGCUUCAAAGAAGUCUCGCACCGACGACAGUGGCGAUGAAUUGCGCGAAACGAAUGAGCUCGAAUCCUCGAGUGCACCAGCGGAUGAGGCUGCGUCCGGCACCAACACGUUGGCUGCUGUGGCAAAGCGAGGCGCCAUUCGCAUGAAGCUUACUAAAUAAUGAGCAAGGGGAGAUUGUGUUUGGCAGAGGAUGUGUUUCUCGAGGUCAGAGCCUGAGCUGAGAAGGCAUAGUUUCUGCAGACGGCAGUUUGUAAAUUCGAUGCAUGAUAGUGACGGCACGAUGCUGAUUCGAAGAGCUGGCAAUUUUUUUUGAAGCUUUCGAGUUGAUCCGUUUUCUUGCUCGCCCGUUCCCACUCCUUCCCCCCCCCCUCUUUUUGUUUGGAAACAUUUCUCGCUACACGGUUCAGGUUACCUCUCAAGCUCUGACUCCCAUUAUGUUUUGUUGUUUGAAUUUAUGCCACUGGUUUGUGUAUUCAAGCUCGUUUUUGUCGUUCGCGCUGAUCAAACCCCAUGAAUAAAGAUAAAACAACU